AUGGCGGCCCGGGAAGAGUCUGGUGGCAAAAAAGAAAGGCGAAAAGCCUAUGAAACUAAAAGGUCAAAGUCAAGAAUCUACUUGUAUGAGCAAUUCGCUCCUUGGAGACAGUUAAAAGAAGAAUUAAGUCUUGCCAGCGAUGAACAGCUCGCAGCGGUUUUGCUGAACGACUAUUUUUCCCGAAGAGAUCGUCGUCCUAUACCUCGGUAUGUAGUCUAUAAUAAACUAUAUGUUUAUACUAUCAUAUAUAACUAUAUAAUGAGUAUUUAAAAUUAUGUAGAAUGGUGACGACUAGUAAUUAUUUGCGUUACUUUGAUCUCGUUUAUUAAUCUACCUGAAGGCUGUAACCAACUAAACAUUAUGUUUUAGUGAUGUUGAAACGUCAAACACGAGGUCAAUCCCGUUUGAUACGUCAAUGCCAUUGCCUAUACUGUUGCCUGUUUCUGGCGAAUCGUCAUGUACUCAAGCACAACUUUGUAAGUCUGUUUUAAUUGCAUCAUUCACUCAUGUUCUGUUCUUAUAUUCCUGACAUACAGUAAUACAAAGUAACAUUAAUUUUGUCCUAUACAUUCCUAGUGAUGAUAUCUACCCAGUUGCAGACAAUAUUGUUCCUGGCAAAACUAGUGAACCUUGUGAGUCUCCUCCUAGUAAACAGGGGCUACUUUCUGAUUCUACGCUCACAGCAAGUGAUCACUCAAGGUAUAAAUAA